CGGGAGCGGGUUGCCAUGCUCUCCUCCAGGGGAUCUUCCUGACCCAGGGAUCGAGCUUGUGUCUCUGAUGUCUCCUCCUUUGGCAGGCGGGUUCUUUACAAUUACUGCCGCUUCAGGAACAUCACUAUAUUUAUACUAGCAUCAGACCACGGGGCCGCAGAGAGUCAGACACGACUGAGUGGCCAGCAGACUCACGUAUGGUGUAUUUAUAGCGGCUGCUGGGGCUUCUGCUUCGCUGAUUCCAUCAUUUCUGCCGUCUUUCUGGCUUCUUGUGUGGCUCACGGGUCACUUCCCGUCAUUCUGAAUGUCUGUGCCUUAGAUCAGCUUGAGCUGCGACAACAAGUUACUGCUGACCGACUGGCUUCCACAGCAAACGUUUUACUUCUCACAGUUCUGGGGGUUGGGAAGCCCAAGGUCAGACCCCAGCGGAUCCAGGUCUGAUGAAAGCCUGCUUCCUGGUUUGCAUCUUCUCACGGAGUCCGCACAGGACGGCGAGCAGAGAGGAAGUGGGCUCUCCUACGCGUCGUUCCUUAUGAGGGCGCUGAUCCCCCCGGGGGCGCGGGCGGGGGCCUUGCACAUCCACGCGCCGUCGCCCUGGGGAUUCGGCUUCAUCGUGUGAACCUUGGGGAGCUGCAAGCAUUCAGUCUACAGCGCUAGACAUCUUGUUGGGUACCGGACAUUAUGAAUUUUGCGUGUUGAAGGCUGAACUUGGUCGUAUAUCUUUAAUUUGGGGGAUUCCUUCAUUCUGAAGGCAGCUUUAUGAUUGGAAUCAGAUGGCUCAUCUGAGACUUUCUCUCAGGCUCUGUCCUGGCAGGUCCGGAGAGGCAUUUAUCUUAACCUGGCUUAUCUUAACCCUGUUACUCCUGAGACGGUUUCCUUCUGAGGGUGCACCCAGGGUCCUGGGACUUGGAGGGUCGUGGUCGCUGCUAAUGCCAAAACCCAGCCUCUGUUCACUGGAGCCGAAUAAAAGAGAAUAAAACUCUGCAGAGACAGAGUUUUGGGUGAAGCAGAAAAGAGCAGCUUUGAUUGUUUUGCCGGGCAAAGGGGGCCACAGGGGCUUGGGCCCUCAAGCCGGUGCCCUCCCGUGAGAGAGGAGACAAGGGUCUCACAGUCCAGGGAAAUCGGGCUGCAGACGAGGCUGCUGGUGUGAAUCUUCACCUCAGUAAAUCGUCCCAGCUGGCGUCCAGCCGUCAGCCGUCAGAGGCUCCGCUGGUCCUAGAGGCUGUCGCUCUCUGACCUUUCUGGAACGAAGGAUGCUCCUAAGGAAAGGGCUGUGGGGGAGUGUUUUCUCGAAGAAGUAAACAGCAGGGGCAGAGUAUAGUUCUAACCAGAAAAUAAUCACUUUCGAAGGCUGUGAGGGAGUGUUUUCUUGAAGAAGUAAACAACAGGCAGAGUAUAGUUCUAACCAGAAAAUAAUCACUUUCGAAGGGCAGUUCAGCAAGGACAGGGAAAAAAAAUCUCUGUGAGAGAGUGUUGGGCUGGGCUAAACGCUGAGGUUUAAUGUGGUGGGGGCCAUCAGCCGGCCUCUGUCACAGUCCCGCCCUGCCCUCAGGAGGCCUGUCUCCAGCCUGCGAGGUGUCUGCGGGCGGCCCUGUGGCCUUUCUGAGGGCUCUUCCUUGGCUGUGCUCCCCUUCCUCUCAGGACAGCUCUGCGGCCCCUGUCUCUCUGUGUGUGGGGCCCUCUCUCCUCUGCCCGUCUCCCUGGAUUCCCUGUGUCCUCAGUGCCGUGAGGAGGCCGUUUUCUGGGCCCUGCUCUGCACACGAAAACUGCUCCCAGUGAGAACCAGGGGACCUCACAGAGCUCAGACCACAGUCCCCGUCCAUCACCCAGUGUCUGAAAACUGUGAUUUGAUACAUUUUGUGGGCGUUUUUGGUUGCUUGAUGCAGUACAGUGCACUUGGUCUCUGCUAAUCCCUUGUGGCCGGAAGCAUAAAUCUGGAGGUCAUAUUUCGACUGAUACGUUUAAUCUGGCGAUCUGAUGGAUGCUUAUCUCCUCAUAUGCUUCUGCAACACGGAAGCUCUGAUUGCGCGUCUUCCUCAGGCGGCUGUAAAAGUGCAGAGGUGAGCCAAGCGUCCCUGCGAUCUUUCGUCCAGAGCGGGGACCAGGCAGAGCGGAGACUCGGCCCCGGGCAGCAGAGAGGGAGGGUUUAGGCCAUCUGGUGUGUGGUCAGGAAGCCGCAGUGGGAGAGUCAUAUGACACAAGAAGCAUGUGCAGGAAGUCCUCCAGGGUGACCUCUGCGUACCCGGGAUCCCUCCCCCGGUAUCAGUGUGGCCUCCACAGCUGAGGACGGGCCUGGCACAGCCGAUGGGCUCGGGGCAGGGGCCUCCUUCUCCGUCUCAGCAUCCAAGGCUGGCAUUUCUAUUCUUCCUGGCCUCCUGGGCCGACGGCGCGGGGGAGCUGCAGGAGAAGAGGGCACGCUCGUUUCCAUGAGUCUCAGACUUCCAGGCCAGGGUUUUGUCCGUGGCGGGAUGACAAAGCAGAGCGCUGCACCACACCAGGUUCACGUCCCUCCUGUUCUCUCCACUGUGAGCCCAAGGAGGUGAAAAGUCCACUCCCUUCUAGUCCAGGCCCAGCCUUUCUGCCCAGAUCCAGCUCCAGGAUGAGAGUGGAACCAAUGAAUUCCACCAACAUCUACGAUUCAAAUGAGGACUACUUUGGAUUAGCUAAUAGUUCAGAUUACGUACUGGAUGACGACAGCUUUCUGUGUUCCUUGCAGGAGGUCAGAAGUUUCUCUGGGCUCUUUGUGCCGGUCACUUACUCCUUGAUAUGCAUCUGCGGCCUCCUGGGCAAUAUUCUGGUGGUGGUCACCUUCGCCUUUUAUAAGAAAGCCAAGUCCAUGACGGACGUUUAUCUCUUGAACAUGGCCGUGGCGGACAUCCUGUUUGUCCUCACCCUCCCGUUCUGGGCGGUCAACCACGCCACCGGCGAGUGGAUUUUCAGCAAUGCCAUGUGCAAACUGACCCGGGGCAUCUACGCCAUCAACUUCAACUGCGGCAUGCUGCUGCUGACCUGCAUCAGCCUGGACCGCUACAUCGCCAUCGUGCAGGCCACCAAGUCCUUCCGGCUCCGCUCCAGAACCCUGGCUCACCACAAGCUGAUCUGCCUGGCAGUGUGGGCGGUGUCCAUCCUGAUCUCCAGCUCGACCUUCACGUUCAACCAGAAGUACAAGCUGCAGGGCGGCGACGUCUGCGAGCCCCGGUACCACACCGUGUCUGAGCCCAUCCGCUGGAAGCUGCUGAUGCUGGGGCUGCAGCUGCUCUUCGGCUUCUUCAUCCCGCUGGUGUUCAUGAUCUUCUGCUACGCGUUCAUCGUCAAGACCUUAGUCCAGGCGCAGAACUCGAAGCGGCACAGGGCUAUCCGCGUCAUCAUCGCGGUGGUCCUAGUGUUCCUGGCCUGCCAGAUCCCACACAACAUGGUGGUCCUCGUGACCGCCGUCAACCUGGGCCGGACAGGCCGCUCGUGCAGCAGCGAGAAGCUGCUGGGCUACGCCAAGAACGUCACCGAGGUGCUGGCCUUCCUGCACAGCUGCCUCAACCCCGCGCUCUACGCCUUCAUCGGCCAGAAGUUUCGGAGCUACUUUCUGAAGAUCAUGAAGGACCUGUGGUGUGUGAGGAGGAAGCAGAAGGCUCCAGGCUUCUCCUGCUCCCGGCUGCACUCGGACACCUUCACCUCCCGGCAGAACAGCGAGACCGCGGACAACGACAACCCGUCUUCCUUCACCAUGUGACCCCCCCGCCCAGGCCCGGCGCACACAGGACAGAGAUGCAUGGGGAGCGUGGAAACGAAGCAAAAGCGAGUGGGGUUGUUCCUGCAGGAUCAGGGCCGUGGGUGCUCCGGGUGCCGGGGGGUUCCCACGGGUAGCACCCCCAACUCAUCCGACCGGGGAUGCCCUCUGCCCCUCUCCCUGAUGGCUAGCAUUCCACAAAGCAGGCUUUGGGAAGCGCUGGAUGACAAUGAACUGCUUAUAAGCGCGAACACUUUCAGGAAUAUUCACAAAGAAGCCUUUAACCACAGUUUGUUCUGGUCAUUGCAAAACAUCCCAUGGCUUAAAAGCAAAACGAAACAGGAACAAUCGAAAGCCCUCACAAAACUCAUUUAGGCAAAAGAUUAAACGUUUUCCCAUUGCCAUGGUUACUGUUGGUGUUCACAGCAGCAGAAUGGGCUGGCUUGAGCUUUAUCUCAUUUCCUUGUGACGCACUCAGCUUGCAUGAGAUUGUGAAAGGGCAGAAGAAAAAACAAGCUCAGAGACCUAAGAGGUGGCCGCGUAAGUGCUGGUGAUGCUGGUCCCCAGGGGUCAGGCGGCUGCGGUUGUCACAGGACGUCAGGAAGCACAGCGUGCUGCAUUUCUCUCCAUGAUGGCAAUCCUCUACAAAUCAGUUAGACGAAGGUGCUUAAUAAAUACUUGUUUAACAAAACAUAAUAAAAUUGGGGCUUCUAGUACAGUUAAGAAUGAAAGUUGGUCAGUCGUGUCCGACUAUUUGUGACCCCAUGGACUAUACAGUCCAUGGAAUUCUCCAGGCCAGAAUACUGGAGUGGGUAGCCUUUCCCUUCCCCAGGGCAUCUUCACAACCCAGGAAUCGAACUGGGGUUUCCUGCAUUGCAGGCAGAUUCUUUACCAACUGACCUACCAGGGAAACGCCAGUUUGAGUUGGUUGUUUCAAUUUUUUUUUAAAUUAGUUUUAAAAAAUUUAAUUGUUUAGAAUACUUUUAAAGAAAGAACCGGGAAACUGCCGAGACAAUGAUGAAAGGGCUUUUGUUCCUCCCAUUGUGGUGUUAAAGACAGGUGUGUGGAGUCUGGUCGUGAGGAGCCUCAAAUUAGCUGGCAGAGAGCAAGGGUCAUGUUGGUUUCUGCUGCUGUAAAGCGGUUUUACCUGAAGUCUGAGGUUAACUACAGAAUAACAACUCUCUGACUUCAUAGAAAGUUCAUAGAACUCAAGUUUUUGAAAGUGUUUUAAUAUUUUGGUCACCCGAUACAAAAAGCUGACUCACUGGAAAAGACCCUGAUGCUGGGCAAGACUGAAGGCAGGAGGAGAAGGGGAUGACAGAGAAUGAAAUGGUCGGAUGG